ACACUACAGGUACCUGUACAUUGCAGUCUUAUUGUUAAACAUCGUCUAAACUUGGACUGAAGGACGCGUAAACAACGAAAUAUGGGUGACUCCUCUAAGGCAAUAUGUAAUCCAUCAACAUGAGUGGCGGGUCGACCGGAAGUGAUUCGGGGACGUCGAGAGAGGUCAAACUUCUUUCAACAAUAGGGGCCAAAGACUUGCUCCAGGUCGGGCACAUAUCAAAGAGCGGAUGGCUAAGGCGGAAGACACAACGGGGAACACAACGACUGUCGAUUGGUGCCAUAUCAUGGAGGACAUUCUUCUGUUGUAUAUCGGAAGGAUGUAUGUACCACUUUGAUUCCACUACAUCAAAGAAUCCUAAGACAGCUUUUGCACUUACAGGAUAUAACAGAGUAUCCCGGGUGGAGAAUCAACAGCGACCACACUGUUUUGAGAUCCAGCCUCCACUAGGAAAUAAUAGCAUGAAAACGUAUAUGUUCUCCUGCGAGAAAGAGGCCGACAUGCUGGACUGGAUGAGGAGUAUAUACCAUGCUCUGCUUGUAGCCAAUCACCAAGAAGCUCCCAACAAAACCGUACUGACGAAGUCGGGGUACCCAGAAGUGGAAAAAUCUGUCUUGACGGAGGUUCCGAACAGCGGAUACUGUAACUUGGAAGAGUUAAAGGAAACGAAAACUAAGCAGCCGAAGAAACCUGCGGUUGAUCGCUACAAUCCAUGGGGACCAAUGUUCAGUAAAUCAGCUUCAAAAGAAAUGUCUGAUGGUCAAAAGAGCAGGGAACAGAAGAAGAAACCAGCAGAACAAAGUGAGGAUCCAAUAUACGUUAACGAGGAUGAACGAAGAAUGUAUGUGAAUGAAAAUAUUAAUGCGGAAGGGAAGGAGGUAGAGGACGCUGAGGAGGAGAUAGACGAGGAAGAGCAGGAGAUAGAGGAGGAGGAGGAGGACUACCUGUUCGAGAGUUCAGAUGGCAAUGCAGCUCGAGCACUUUUAAAAGACAAAGUGAUACAGACGUUCCUGGUCCGUGACUCAAGGGAACAAGGCCGGAAGAUUUUGGUGGUCAAAAGAAAGAGUGAAUAUAAGCAACAUAUCAUCAGUAUUCAUGGUGACAUUUUCUCCAUAGAGGCGGCAGCACAAUUCAAAAGUCUUCACGAACUCAUUGAAUAUUACAAACAAAAUGAAUUAUGCGGUUCUUGCAUUGGGAAAGGCUAUAAAUUCUAUGAACAAUAGUCCUUAGGGGAAAUGGAGCACAGUUACUACGUCAACGACGGCUGUUUGGAUUCUGAGAGAGUGAAGUGAUAUUUACUCGAAGACGACAACGAUUUCGAUCACAAAGGGGGGUGACAUUGGACGUUUACCUGACUCACAUUUAUAAUCCAUAGGUACUCCAAAUGUGUCCUUAAUUCUGUGCUCAACAUUUAUUUAAAAAAUGGGCGCGUCUAUCCCCAUGUAAACUUCUGUGUGUAAACGUCAUUUCUCGAAGUCGACUUAACCCGGUUGCCGUUCAUGAAAUGCAUAAUCGUUUGUAUUAUAACAUUUCCCUUUCUUGUGAUAAUUGACAGGGAGAAUGCUGAUUAUUUUAUACAAUAUUUUGUUAUUGAUAUUUUACAGUAGUAAGUAUAUAUGAUGUUUUAAUAUUAUAAAUCCUAUUUACAUACAUGCACAUUCCUAUUACCUAUGUUUCGUACUAAAGGUGAAUCCAAAUGAGGGAUUACUGUUGUAUUUGUAUCGUUAUAAAACUAUGAAUGUAAUAUUGGUAUAUUGAUACUUUAAAUUGUUUAAACAUUGUAAAUAUUUGAUAAGAUCUAUAAUUUUAGAAGUCAAG